AUGAAUAUGGAGAAGAAUUUGGUAUAUCGAUUUUACCAAAAUAAGGUUAAUGAAGAUGAAAAUGAGGAACAAAUUGGUAUACCAAUUGUAUCCGGUCAGGUGACGAAGAUGGAUGAAAGUGGAGAACAAUUUGAUAUACCAAUUUUACUGGAUCAUGUGAACGAAGAUGAAAGUGGAGAUCAACUUGGUAAAACGAUUCUUCCAAAUGAAGUGAACGACGCUGAAGAGCUACUUGUCAUUGUCGACUUUCUCCUCGACACCAUCAACGUCGUUUGUCAAAUCUUCUUCCCAUUUGUCUAGAUUUUCAAAAUCUGCUUCGCCAAAAUCGUACAUUUGGCAGUGAACUUCGCGCGCAAUGUCGAAAUCUUUACGCAAUUGCUCGAUCUCUUUCUCGAAACGUCUAAAGUUUUUGUCCUCUUUUGUUAUUGCGUUGUCUAAUCUCUUUAUUGCGCGAGCUAUCCUUCCUCUAGCCUGCUUGCGUUUAUUCUUUAACUCAGAUUCAAGUGAUGAAAUUUUUGUCUAGACUUGUUUAGAUCAAAAUUUAGUCUAUAAUGCAAACGGUCCAUUGCAUCGUGACAGGAAGCACCAUUGUUGUCCUACUCGCGUAAACAUCUCACAGCUUGUCAACACAUUGUGUUCGGCUGUUCGCACUGCUUGUUCUCAGUCUGGAACAAGUUGUUAUCAUCUUGUAACAAGGUUGAUAAGCUAGCUAACUGACUCGUAACAAGUUGUUCCAACAAGUCUGAUAUCGUCUGCACGUAACAAGUUGUUAAUACGUCGAUGACAACAAGCUCGUAGCAACUGUAACGAAAAUAAUGUACUUAUUUUUCACAUUGCGAGGUCGCGUUAAUGAGUCAGAAUAGAAAUAAUUCUUAAUGCCAUAUUGCCUUCGUUAUGUUGCUUUUUCUCAUUUUUUGUGCUGCAGACAUUGCAGGUGAAUAUUAGAGGGGAUUAUUAAACGGAAAUUGAUUAGAGGGGAAUAUUGAAUAUAUUCCCCGAAAAGAACAAAGGAAACCGAGCAGGGUGAAAAAUAAGCUAAUAUAUAUAUUAUUGACUUUUUUUAGUGAUGAAGAAGUGAUACGGGGGAGGAUGUGGGUGGAAGGGUACGAUCCCCAGUUAGCGGUACUUCUGGCAAUAGGGGAAAAGGUAGGAGGGGCAGGGCCAGAAGGGGAAGGCCCAGGGCUGGAAGGGGAAGGGCCAAGGCUGGUGGGACUCCCAAUACUAGUAGUAAGUCGUAUGAUGAUGAUGCGGACACUAGGAACGACCUUCCUCCCUUUCAACCAAACCGUUCGCAGGGAAUUCAUUUUGGUAGGCAAGUCUUGCGGGGAGGUAUGACAACUGAGUUAGAGUUUUUUCGUCUCUUCUUCACCUCCGAGAUUACAAGAUCAGUUGUUGCCCACACCAACAGCUACACACAAUCUUGUAUCUGGGGGUAUACUACAUACACCACUUUGGAGAGGGCUUGGAAAGAAAUGACUGAUGACGAAAUAAAUCCUUUGAUUGCUCUUUUGAUUUAUUUUGAUCUGGUACGUGUGGACUCAGCCGUUGAAAAGUAUUGGAGCACAAAGACCCUUUAUCGGGGUCUCUGGACAAGGAAGAUACUUUCCCGUACCCGUUAUAAAGCCCUUAUGGCAUUCUUGCAUGUGGUAGAUCCCGCCGUCGAGCAGCCUGGCGAUGAAUUGCGCAAGGUCGAGGAAUUUCUUGCGGCAUUCAAAGAGCGAUGCCGUAUGUCAUACCAACCGAGCCAGAAUAUUGCUGUGGAUGAGCGUAUGAUCAAGUCAAAACAUAGAUCGGGCAUUAAGCAAUACAUAAAAAAUGAGCCUACAAAGUGAGGGAUAAAGCUACGUGUAUUGGCAGAUAGUUCGAAUGGGUAUACUAUCGAUUUCAAUGUAUAUAUAGGUAAGUCGGAGCAUGAAGAACCAUCGGGUAAUGGUCUUGGUUAUGAUGUGGUGAUGAAGUUGGUGGAUCCAUAUUUGGGGCAAGGGUAUCAUGUAUUUUUUGAUAUUUUUUUUGCAUCUCCUAAGUUAGUCCAAGAUCUGUUUUUGCAUGCGACCCAAUCAUCAGGCACAUGUAGAACUAACAGGGAGGGUUUCCCCAAAUCCAUGAGGAAUGUGAAAGUGUGGGCAAAAAAGUUGAAGCGAGGAAGCAUGCGAUGGGAACGGGAAUCAGAUGUGUUAGCCCUCCGGUAGGUUGACAACAAGCUUGCAUGUUCCCUUGCUCACAUCAAUUGAUUCCGCGAAUGACACAACGCCUGUGACGAGAAGAACAAAGACGAGAGGUGUGUAUGACAAGGUAGAAUUAGUCCAGCCCUAUGCAUUCUAUAUAUAUAUAAUCAGUACAUGAAUGCACUAGAUAGAUCAGAUCAGAUGCUUGCAUGUCAUAAUGUAUCCUGUAAGUGUUAUAGAUGGUGGAAGACUUUAUUCUACCACUUAGUAGAUAUGGCAGUUGUAAACUGUUUUCUUGCAGCAUCGUGCUAGUGAUCCGGACAAUCCAGAUUUGUAUCGCAGGUCUACUUAUAAUAUAGUUGAUUUUAGGGAGGAGUUAUUUAAACAGAUUACUGGGUUAGAGGAGUAUGAUGUACCUCCUGUGAACGAGACAGCGCGACUGCUCCUCGCCAUGAUCAGUUUUGCAUUGUCCAUAUUCCUAAAACGGCUGAGAAAAGGAAGCAUUGUGUAG